CUCUCGCCCUAUUGGGGGUGGGCUGGGGGAGUGUCUUCAGUAGUUCUCCUUCCGGUGAUAAAUCCGGGAUUUCCGGUCAGCCAAGAUGGCGGCGCCCGGAGGCGGCGAGAUGGUGUGGAACCGGUGGGAUGUCCCUUGGCCUGCUUGCAAUUCCGCCGAAGUCGUGCCGGCUGAACAUGCUUCAGUGAGAUGCCUUUCGGCUGUUCUGAAGAGGUGUGGAUCUAUUGACAGCAUGUUAAAGUGCAAAGUGCUGGUUGCAGAACAGAGACUUCUGCAUUCAAUCAUUUAUAAUUACCAUUAUCAGAUGAUUCAUCAAAAGACAUAUGGGAGUCUUAAACAGGUAGAACAAUGCUUGAAACGUUUAAAUUUAAUGAAUCUGGAAAAGUCGAUUCAAAAAAUUGCUCAGAUGGACCUCAUAAAACAGAGAUCUGAAAAUUCUGCGGAGUCCUUGGUCCCCAGCCAGCCUGUAAUAGAAGUUGUUUUGGUGAAGAUACUGGGUAGUUGCAAGCUUAUACUACGUUUACUCGAAUGUUUUUGUACGACAUUUAGUUUAAUUGUUAAACAUCUGUGUUUGGAAGAGUAUGUAUUGUUCAACACUUUGAUUCUGGGGUUGCUGAGUCGGUUAUGGAUUCUUUAUAGAGCUAUAUUAAAAAAACUUAGUAUGUUAUAUAAGGAUCUCUUUGAAUUGCUUCAAGAAGUAGCAAAAAUGCACCAAAGGCCAUAUAUUAAAGGAUUUGUCUUUCCUUCUGAAAUAAACGUUUUUCUGAAAACCAGUUAUUUAGAGAUUAAGAAGAAAAUGCCUAAAACAUUUAUAGAAAAGAAAACUGGCACUGGAUGGAUAAAAAUAUUGCUUUCGGAACAUAAGACUAUAUCCCAGUCUCAGAAUCUGAAUGUAGCUCUUCCUGCAACAGUCAGGAAAAAAAAGAAAAAUAUUUCUGAUAUUGGAGAACCAGUUUUGAUCAACAGACCUAAUCAAGAUCUUGCAGAGAAGUUGGAGUUUGAUCUGAAGACAUUAUGCAAAUAUCCGAAUCCUGUGUCACAGGAGAAUUCUAAAUUCAGUAAUAUGCUUCCUGUGUCAAAGAAAAUCGCACCUAUUUCUUCUAAAGUCCUGAGAUCUCAGCAUCUUCACUUUUUUGUGUCCAAGUUUAAAGAAGUGCAGUCCUUUGAAGAACUAUCUCAAACCCUGAAAGCAACAAUUAUCUGGUGUAAAAACAGUAAAUUUAGAUCAGGGGCUUUCUUUUUAGGAAUGAAGCUUUUAAAAAGCAAGAGGCUGCAGCAUGUGGAAGCCCAAGGUUGCAGAUUGCAGCGGAAACUUAAAUGUGUUAAAGCCACUAUCUGUAAAUAUCUUACACUCCAAAGUUGCAGAGAGAGACCCAUGCAACUUCUUAGAGGAAGUCCUCGACGAAGUAGUAGACUCUCACGGAAGCAGAGCUGUGUUUCACAGACUACUUCUAUACAUAGAGGGGGUCCUGUCUUCAAGGGAACUGUAUCUCCUUUCCUCAAUCAGUGUUUUCUAUUUCGGACUUUGGACUCCAGUGGUACAAAGAUUUUUGAGGAAAGUAUCCAUGAUGGCAUUUCUGUCCCUGCAGUGUUGGAAAAUCGCCCUACCCAUAUACAGAAAGAAGCCACUGAUCAGAAAUAUGACAUUGAUGAUAUUUUUAAAGUUCUAGGUCUCUAGCGCUACUUUUUGUUAAGUAAUAAAAGUGAUGUUCAGUUGAAUUGUUAUUUCUAUUUCAUUAUAGCAAAUGCAGACAGCUGUUCUCAGGUUUUGAGGUUUCCUUAAAGUUGUUAUUACAUAAGUCUUUAUUGAUUAGCCCAAUCCACAUUUGUCUUAUACAAUUUACUAAGGAAUUUUUUUUCUUUUUCCCUGGAGAAUUUAACCCAUUAACAUUUAAUGAUAGAAUUGCUAAUGCUUCUUGAAAACCUCUACUUAUACUUAGGGUUUGUUGCCCUCGUUUGUCUAAUUUCUUUGUAAUCCUUGUGUCUACCAUCAUUGUCUUUUCCAAUGUCCACAUUCUCUCUUUCCCCAUUUUCUUUUUUCUUGAUUUGGGAUUCCCCUCUAUUUGAUGACUGUUCUCGUAGUUCUCCUUCUUCCCUUCUUUCUCUUUCUUCCGAUUCAACCUCACUAUCAAAAAAAUUUCUGUAAAACUCUUCUACUUUGUCCACCGUGUCCAAUGUCAACCUCCUUUCUCCCCAAGAUACCAAGAUAAUCCCUUCCGGAGUCAACCACCAAAAAUUUACGUUUUUUCUUGUUAGUUUUGCUGUAAACAUUUGGUAGGGUCGCCUUAGGUCUCUUACCCUUUUCGGGAUUUGUUUGAGCACCACAAGCUGUCUUCCUCGUAUCUCUAGUGGAUCUUCUCUAGUCCUAUGGAAAAUCUCAUCACGAGUUGAUUUUUUAAUGAAUCUAAUAUGCACUUCUCUAGGUAGAUUAUGGCUACGUGCAUAAUUCGUGUGGAUUCUAUAGAUUUCAUCCAUUUCCUUAAUCAUUUCUUCCUUCUCAGUUCCUAAAGCUCCUGCCACUAGCUUCACCAUCAUCUCCAGAAGAUCCUCAUUCUUUCCUUCCCACACAUUCUGAAAUCGUAAAAAAUGGGUAGUAUUGUCUAUUUCCAAUUGGAUUAUUGUCUGUUCGAGGUCUCUAUUAGCUUGAAUUAGUCUUUCUUCCAUCUCCUCCACUUUUCUUUCUUCCCUUCCCAUUCUGUCUUCCAUCUUCUGUAGUUUUUGUUCACUUUUUAAAAUUUGUUGCUGGAGGCAUUCAAAUUUAUCAUCCAUCGAUCUCAUCUUUUCUUUCAUUUCUCCCGUGUCGUUCGUUCCUUCUAUCUCUCGUUUCAAAUCCUCAUGGUUCUUUAACAUAACCUCCUGCAUUGUUUGUAACAUCUGAUCCUUAAAUGAGUUUGAUCUCUCUAUAAAAAUCCUUCCAUAGAUCUUUGCCCUGCUGGGCUUAGUUCCAUUGUUGUAGUUUGGAUUCCUUGCCUCUUUCCUGCACCAAUGUUUGUCAAGUUUGGGAUACUUGUCAUUUUUAAUACUGCUUUAAAUUGACCUCUACUUCCUUAUAUUUUUCUUAAUAUCCUCCAGCACCCUUCAACUAUCACUCUCUCAACUAGCUCUUAUAUAUUCUUUACCUUCCUUUCUUAAUCUUUCCUACCCCAACUACAGGUUGCAAACCUUCCUUUUAGUCAACAAUUACUUAAUAACAAAUCUAUAAUUAAAUCCCUUAAUGAUAUCAAUAAUUGGUGCAGUAGGUGGUGAAAUUAAUAAACUAGUAAUCUAAGGCUUGCAUAACAAGAACAGUAAUAAUUAAAAAGAUGAUUUCCUUUUGAAAAAAGUUCCAUUACAACUAUUCCAUUAAAUUUCCCGCAUCCAAAAUUACUCCUUGAGUUUCCUCGAUUUAUAAGUCAGUUAUUAGCAGGCCAUCCAAAAUAGGUCUUGUUUCUCUUUAAAUUUCCUCUUCUUACUUAAAUUGUCACCAGUUUUUCCCUUGGCCAGUAAGUGUCUCUUGCUCCGUAUUAUCCUAGUUAACAGUCAAUCUUGCUUCAACAUGUCUGCGUUCUCCGAUUAGUCAGCACUUUCACUCCCGAAUUAAAUUAUCAGCAAUAAUAGUAGAUUUCUUCUUCCUCUUUUCCCUCACUCCGCCAGUGAAAAUUUAACGCGCUGAAAUGGUCUCUUCUUUGCCCCCACUUACUAUUUGCCACUUUGCUAUGGAGGAAAUUUCCUCCUUCCUUAGGCCUCCUUCUGACUCUUCCCUCUUUGCAAUCCCCCGAGAAGAUCUUCACCCCGGGUCAUUCAGAGGGUUGCCAGGAUCAUUUUGCCCAGGUCCAUCUCUCUGUUGUCCAGCUGCCUGUUCUCUCUUCACGGCCACUAUUAUGGGCCGCCUUUCUUCCCCUGCUCGACUUUUCCGAGGCUUUCCUGCUGUCCGCACUCUCAACUGCUGCUGUGAGCUGCGCUGCAGGGCGCCUCUUUUUUCCGAUUCCCCUCCAAGGAAUCUGGGACUCCAAAGAAUCCGCCAAUCGGAUGGAAAAGGCUAUGUAUUCGACUCUCAUAGAUGGAGAGCUGUUCCGCACAGUCUUCCCUCUAGACAGCUGGCGCUGCCCCUCCUAAUUGCCACUUACGUUUCUGAUGAUGUCUUCCAAACACCGUUAUUUUUUAUUUGGAUUUACUAAUGAUUAGGGAGUUAUCCUGACAAUAAGAGCUGAAUCUUCUUAAUAGCCUACGUAAUCCUACUUGUGAAUAUAAUAAAAUCAUAUCAUCAGCAUAAAGCAAGCUGUUACAGUAAGUAUUUAGGAUCAUCAGCAUGUGUAGCAGGGGAUCCUUCAUUAACCCUGGCAAGUCAUAGAUAUAUAAACUAAAUAACAAUGGGGCCAGGAUACACCCUUGCUUUAUCCCUUUAUUUGUGUGAAUCCUGUUAGAGCCCCAUUAACCCCAUACCGCACCCUCAAACAGGUACUUGUGUAAAGGGCUUUAAUCAAAGCCAGGAGUCUAGGUUCUAUUUUAAGAGAUGUGAUUUUACUCCAUAGUACUCCUCAGUUUACCUUAUCAAAUGCUGCUGUAAGGUUUAUGAAAGCAGCAAACAGGUCUCCUCUUAUAGGCAUAUUUGACAAUUAGAUGGUUCAAGACAAAGCAGUUAUCAAUAGUAGAUCGGCUUUGUCUAAAACCUGCUUGUUCUUCUGAUAUUGUUUUCCUCUACCCAGAUUUCAAUUCUGUUCAAAAGAUACCUAGCAUAUAUUUUUGCUGCAAUAUCAAUCAGGCUAAUGGGCCCAUAAUUACUAGGGUCCUUUUUAUUCCCUUUUUUAUAUAUGGGGACAACUAUUGCUAUCUUCCACCCAUCUGGUAUAUGGCAGGUGUUAUUUAUGUGUGUUAAAAGACCUGCCAAUAUAGGACCCCACCAACUGGGAAAUUUCUUGAAUAAUUCAGCUGGUAAAAAAUCCUCACCUGGGGCUUGCUCUUUUAAGCUUUUAAUAAUGGAUUGUAUCUCCUUUUCUGAGACUGGUGGCCAAAGAGGUGGGGGGGGGGGUUUCUAGGGUUUACUAAAUCACUGUUUAAAGACAGUUUCUCUACCGGUUCUGUGGAAGCAAACAAACACUGAUAAUAAUUCUCCCAGUCCUCAGCAGAGAUUGAUAUGUCAAAUGCAAAUCUCCAUUCCUUCAGGACACCUGCUACCGAGUACCAAGAUAUUACUGAGUUAUGACUUCUGGCAGCCAACUCGAGUUCUGACUAGAUUGAAAUGGUAAAACUUUUUCUUUAAUGUUAUAGUUUUUUUAUAUUCCCUUGUGUGCAACAUCUUAGCUUGUAUAUGAGCAGGAGGAUUCUCUGGGCGAGCCUCAUGGCUACCUUCAAUUUCUUUUUCAGUCGCUGGCAUUCGGGACCAAACCAGCAGGGUCUAUCCACUCAGGCUCCUUUUUUUUUUUUUUCAAACAAUUUUAUUGGUUUUUUUAUUUUUGCACCAAGAAGCUUAAGAACCAAUGUGGAGAUAGGGUAAUCAGUUGAAUACAAUAACAUCAUAAAUAUACAGCUCAAAUAAUACUUCUUAAAAUUUCCCUCUCUAUCAAUUAACAUAAUAUAGUCAAAUUAAUACAUUCCUAAAUAAAAUUCAUUCGUUAAUACAUUCCUAAAUAAAAAUUCCAUUAAUCAAUAAAAGUUAUCAGCAACCCAUUACCUAUGUAAAUCAAAAUCCUGUUUUCAGCUAUUAUUAAUUUCCAGAUACCAUAUCCAACUUAGCCUUAAACAGACAUAUUAUUUACCAUUUGGAUGUCCCUAACUUAACUCUUAUUUAAACAUAUUAUUUCCAUCAUUACAUUCUUACAUUUCUUAACUAUAUUCUGUUUCUUAUUCAAUAAUUCUUCAUUUGUUAAUUUCAUCUCUUCCAUCAUUGCAAUCUUUUUCUCAUUAUACCUCCACAAAUUAAUUAUCAUGCCUAAUAAUAAAAACAUAAGAAAAUAGAAAAAAUAGUAAGAAAGGACAGAAACAGACCAAGAGGAAGAAAGAGAAAAGAAGGAAGAUCUAUUAUUCCAAAGAGUGAAUUCUUACUAUAUUUCAAUACUAAAUUCUAAAUUUUAUCCUAAUAACAUCUCUUAAAAAUCCAAAUCAAUCCGCAUCUCUAUGAAGCCUUUGCAACCCAUAACUUUAAUCUUAAAUUCCAUAUUUAUAUCUUAUUCUAGCUUUCUUUCUAUUCCAAACAGGUUUCCUUAAAGACUCUAGAUAUGCAAAUAAGUUUCCCUUCAUCUCUAGCCGGAAUACGUAAACCAAAGGAAAGUCUCCCAUUGUCCAUUUUAAUAGGCUAGUAACAAAGUUACUAUGUAACAUCCAAAAUCAAUAUUGAUAAUAUACACAACCUGGAGAGCCCAAUAACCAGGCUGGAUUGAGCUGAAGUCCAUUCCUCCCAAUUCAGACCAAGUUGUUGAAAAGCAAGUUGUAAUUGUUGGUGGACUGAUUUGAAUCAUCCCUCAAUUAUUUAUUUUUACAGCAAUGUUUUAUAUCUGUAGAAGUGUUGUCACAGAUCAUCUGAAACUUAAGUUGGAGCACUGCCAAACAAAUGCUGCUAAGAGUACUUGAGUAACAGUGUCCUCAAAUAAUUCAUUGGGGUGAAUGGUGGGGACAAUGGAGGGAAAGAGCACCAAAGAGAUAAAGUGGAGUGCCUUCAGAGCUAUAGCAAAUACCUGGAACCAAAAGAUCACUUCACAAUAUUAGAUGGUUGCAGGAACUAUCCAUGUUUAAAUAUCAAUAAGAAUCUGGCUGUGAAUUAUAUUUGGUAUUCUGAUGGCCAGUCCUAGUAUGGGGCAACUUAGAGAUGUCCCAGGUAAUGUUUUAUCUCA